AUGGCGGAGACAGAUGGCGAUUUACGGGAAAGCGCAGCUGUGCACAUCCAAUACUGGUGGCGCAAAUGGUCGGCCCAAAAGGAGAUGGCCCCCCAAAAGCUCGCCCAAAUCUCAUUGACCAACAGAGAUCUCCUGAAACAGUUGGAUGAGCUGCAUAGAUCUAAACUCUCAAUAAUCCAUAAAUAUGAGAUGAUGCUCAAUCUACCGGCGGGGGAGAUAAAUGCGUAUUUGGAAGAGACAAAUGGGGAUAAGACUGUAGUACCGGAAGCUAGCUCGCCAAACAUGAAGAAAAUCAAGCAAAGAACUACGAGUUUUGUGCAAAGCUCGAAAAGUCUACCCGGAAUU